CGUUUUGUUAAGCCUGUUCCUGGGACUAACUUUGGAGUGGAUCUGCUACAUGCAUCGCAAAAGCUUGUUCUCUAUUAAAACUGUCUUCUAGAUCAGUCCAAAAGUAGCAGUAUUUGACUCUGAGGAUGGAAGCGCAAGAUGAUGAAGAGCAGUUCCAAGGAGCGUUCAAGGUCAUUGACAACCAACAAGAUGCAGGCAACUUACCAGAAGCAGAAUCUCUUUUCAAUCAGGAACUGAUUAAAAAAAGGAGAUCUCUCUCAUGUUCAACAAGCCAUACCAGAGAAUUAGCUUUUCAAGAAGACACCAUAGAGUCUUCUUUUGAUCAUGUUGAUAGGCCUCCGAAAAGGUCAACUCCAUUGAGUAUAGUCAGAAAUGUAUCCUACCCAGAGAAAAUAGCCGAGCUGUUUCCCUCGGAUUCAGAUUCCUCUUGGUCUGCCUUCUCUUUAUCAAGACCCUCUUCCAUAUGCAGUGACCAUCUGAAUAUGUCUGGUACCAGAUGGGCACAGGUAACACUUGAAUCCCUUGAUUUGGCUACUGAGCAGGCAAAGAAAAACUCUUCAAAGAUUGAAAAUAUCCAGAAAGGGACGAGUAGGCGCGCUGUCAGGAUGAAAGAUGUCACUUCCGAGCUUCGCAAAAGGAUGACAGGUCUUGAACUAAGUCAGAGGGAUAUGGAAGACAGGCUCGCAUCUAAAGUGGAUCAGCUAGAGCAAAAAGUAUGCAGGUGGAUCGGCAAAGAGGAAGAGUAUUCUGAUUCCUUGCAAGGUAGACGCAAGGCUCUACCUAAAAGCAUGAUGAUUAAAUGUUUGCCAUGGGUCGUGCCCUAUUCUGAUCUCAAACGAGACUCUGUGCAGAGCAUCUCCUCACCACCGCUGCAAUUGCCAUGGGUUCAAGGUCUUCAGGCCACUCUCUAUCUUCUGGGCAUCGGGAAAGGUCAUGGAAGCCACUUGUCCAUUGGAUUCAGUUGGCCAAAGAAAGGAGAGAAUCCCAAGGUGGAUGAAAGCUACCUUGUCAAUGUCACGGUCAAGAUCAUUGACCAAGAAGAUGCUUCAGAAUUUUCCGAGAAGGAGCUCCUCUUAGUUACCUGCCAAGAAGACAGAGGCUCUUCCGCCCAAAGUAGUAAUCUUAACACUUCCAUCCCAAAGCUUAUUCCGAUUAGUACAGUGGAAGACACGUCUUUGGGAUAUCUGUCUGAUGGGAGGCUCCUAAUCAACAUCAGUAUUGAUUUCCUUGUGUAGACGGAUUAAACACCAUCUUGUCGUUCAAGGUAUUAACCUCUCUUAAGAUCCAAAGAACAAGUUCAGUUCACUUUAUUCAAAACCACACAAAGCAUGGUAGAAUUCAAUCUUGCUAAGUGUUGAAAUAUCAAGCAAAAUCUCUCCUAAUUUGAGAAUUGUCGGCAUUCUUACGAUAGUGUUAAUUAAUUCAAAGCUUCCAAGCCAAUGAAAUGAUAAAUAGCCUUACAAUUGUUUACAUUUUAAAAUAGGAUAUACCCUCUAAUUGUUCCAAAUAUUACUCUUUUCGUAAGGUACAGGCUUGUCUUAUUCGAUCUGAAUUAUGAAUUAUGAACUGAAUUUGAUCUGAAUUAUGAAUUGGAAUUGAUUUGAAUUAUGAAUUUAAUU